UGAGAAGAAGGUAAUUCAAUUAGUUACUUUCAUUGAUAUAAAAAACGAUAAGAUCUCUCCAUUUUUUUUCUUCUUUCCUUCUCUUUGUUCAUAAAUUGUUUCAGGGAGUUCCAGGCGUGAGUUUUUCUGAAUUAGCUUGUAAAAAGAACGCCAUGAAUUGAUUUUCAUGUUCUGCAAGAGGUUUCAGAUGUCGAGAUGUGCGCAACAGUAGAGACUUGGAUUUGAUCUGUGUUCAUAUGCAAGAUUCAAUCUGCAGAAGUGUUUUAUCCAGUUGAAGACGAGCAAUGGGGAACUUCUGUAAACAAUAUGAAAAAGAAUACAUAAAGAUAACCAUGUUAAAGCACGAGGAAACCUUCAGAAACCAGGUCCACGAGCUCCAUCGACUUUACCGAGUGCAGAAGAAACUAAUGAAAGAUCUUAAAAGACAGCGGGUAUCGUCAGGUUUGCAGAGCAACAAAGAGAAACGGAAUGCAGAUAAAGAGAAAGCUCCAUAUCAAUUACACAACAGUUGCCCAGAAGAAGAGAGCAAUCUUGAGCUGACACUAGCCAUUGGAAGUAGAAGGAAGAUGAAGCUGCUUUCAACAGAAACGUUGGAACAAGUUUCUCCUUGUCUUCAACUGAGUCUGGUUCUAUGAAGCUAAUUAAAUAGAGAUGAAUGGAAAAUGUUUCUGAUGAAGAGCUUUUAGAAUGAGAGGAAGAGUGCUUUUGAUGUUGAAGCACAAGAGAGGCAGAGCAAGAAUAAGCAGUCAGCCUGGCUCUGCUGUACUGUUUCGUUUUGAAAACGGCAUGAUUAAUUAGCUU